AUGGAGGGCUUGGGCCACUUCUCCCCGCGGCCCUACCCAGACCUCUGGGAGCCCCCGCCGCCCCGCGAAGAUCGCUCAUCCUCCGCGCGGCUGGGCGGGCUGGGGCCGCAGACGGAACCGGACCUGUGCUCCUGGGCCAUGACUCCCGGCGAGGGGAGCGAGGCCGCGGCGCCCUGGCUGUACCCGCCCUGCUCACCCACCCCCAGCCGGUGCCGGUACCCCGACUCCCCGCGGGAAAGCUGCAGCCUGACCGACGUAGCCCGGAGGCCUCCGGACCGCGCCAAGAAGCACCGGCCGCGCAGCCGGCUCCUGGAAGAUGCGUGGGGGGAGGCAAGGACCAAGCUCCAGGCACAGGGAGGCAGCCCGCACAACCCGGCCUGGCAGCAGCAGCCCUCUUGCCAGCACUGCCCUCCCGCCCGGGGAGAUUCGCCCCCACCUUACCUGCACGGAGCUUACACUCCCCCGCGUGGAACUUCCCGGGUAGAAGAGGUGGCCAGCGGAGACCAGUGGGCAGCACGGGUCUGCAGAGGUCUAGGUCGCUGGUCUCUCUCUUCCGUUCACACGGAGAAGUCUUCUGUGGCCUCCAGAGAGUUGGGGACGCAGUCAGCUUGCGCGUACACCCAGAAAAGACACAGCAAUGAAACGGUGGCGUCAUUAGCCAGCCAGUACUCCCUCUCCAGCAAGGGGGUGCAGAGCCAGCACACCCAGAUCCUCAAAAACAAGCUAGAUGAGGCAGUAAUGUCCUCCAGGGACCAGAAGAUUAUAGCCCUCGUGCUGAGCCGGCUCAAGAAGGCCCAGAGAAUGCGGGAGCUGCAGCAGCAGGCGGCUGUAGCCUGGGAGGAGCUGAAGCGCUCGGACCAGAAGGUCCAGUUGACCCUGGAGAGGGAGCGCCAGCUGCUACUGCAGCAGAGCCAGGAGCAGUGGCAGCAGGAGAAGGAGCAGCGUGUCCGACGGCGGGACAGACAAACGAAGAUCACGACGCAGCAGGAGAGCGGGUGGAAGGGGCAGCUGGAGGACUCGGAGAACCGGCGCCAGGAGACGCUGGAGAGGGCCCCCUCUGAGACAGAGAUGGAGCAUGGGAAGCAGUGCGAGGUCCAGCGCCUGCAAGAGCAGGAGAGGAUGCUGCACGACCUGCGGGAGCAGAACAGCCGCCUGCAGCUUCAGAAGAGGCCAGUGCAGGCCUUUCAAAAGAAGCACACGCACACCACUGAGGGCCAGAAAAAGGUCCAGGAAACCAAUCUUAGCUCUCUAGUUAAUUACCAGGCCCGCAAGGUCCUCAUGGACUGCCAGGCCAAGGCUGAGGAGCUCCUCCGGAAGCUGUCCCUUGAACAGAGUUUUCAGUGGUCCCAAGAGAUCCCCCAGGGCGUGAUUAAAGCGCAUCACCGAGAGCCCAAGGAGAAGGUCCAGAAGGAGGACGCACAGUUCCAGCAGGUCAAAUGGCGCCCAGGGGAGUCCGAGGAGCAGAGGAAGGAGCACAAGCGGCUGCUUGUGGAGCUUGCGAAACAGAAGAUCCUGCAGACCAGAAGUAAGGUCCACAAGAACAUCAGCGACAAGGCACAGCACCUUCGGGAGCUCAGCAUCCUGCGGGAGAACACGCAUCACAUCCUGAAGCUGAAAGCCGAGAAGGAGGAAAAGAGUCACGUGGAUGGCAUCAAGGAAGCCAUGAGGAAAAAGGAGCGGAGGAUCGAGCAGAUCUCGCGAGAGAAAGAUGCACCUUCGGAGGGAUUCCAAAAGAUCUCCAGGGCCGCCGGGACAGACAACGCGAGAGCGCCUGCCAGCAGCUGCUUUGAUCGGGCAGCCCGGGGGGCCCAGGAACCCGCUGGGCAGCAGAGAGGGGGCUACUGA